GGAGAGGGUCCACACGCUGGAGGCGUCCAAACAGGCUGAAAUCACCAAACUGCAGGAAGAGAUUACAAAGCUGUCUGACAGGUUAAAGAAGAAGCAGGAGAGUUUUCAGCGUCUGCAGGGAGAGAAGGAGGCUCUGUACAACGACAGCAGGACAAAGAUCGAUGAGAUCAACCAAAGAAAAGAGGAGGAGCUUAAGGCCACGAACAUCCGCAUCCAGAAACUACAUUCGGACGUCGUGGCAGCCAAUCAGACAACAGCUGAGCUGAGAGAGCAGCUGCAGAGCAAAGAGAAGGAACAUGACCUGGCUCUGCACACCUUGAGAGAUCAGGUAGCCAAUCAGAGUGCAAUCAGUCAGGAACAGGUGGACAACAUCCUGCAGGAGAACGAUGCUCUAAGGACAAACCUAGCUGCUCUAGAACAGAUCCAGACGGUGAAGACGCAGGAGAUGAAUCUCCUCCGUGAGCAGCAGGAGGCGCUGACGCUGGAGCUGCAGCAGAGACGAGCUGAACAGGAGAACAUGUUGGCUCAGAGGGACGACCUGGACUCCCAGCUGCAGGAGUCGAGUUUUGCCAACAGGAAGUUGUUGGAGCAGUUAACGGAAGAAGGACAAGAGAAGGAGAAGCUGCUGAGAGACCUGGAGGAGGCCAAGAAGACAGCAGAGAAGAGGAAGACCAUGUUAGAUGACUUGGCCAUGCAGCUGAACCAGGAGAAGUCUGACCACAAGGAGGCGCUGUCAGACCUCAAGCUGCAGCACGAGAAGGAGGUCCUAGGCGUGAGGGCUCGCUAUGAGAAGGAGCUCCGAGGUCUCCAUGAGGAGAAGAAUCGCUCUGAGGAGGAGAUCCGACAGCAGCUGAGAGAGGAGAAGGCUCGGACCAAAGAGCUGGAGGGUCUUCAGCAGCGUCUGGAGGAGCUGCAGGUUCAGGUUCAGUCCAUGGAGGGAACCAAAGGCUGGUUUGAGAGACGACUGAAGGAGGCCGAGGAGAAAAUGGAGAAGAACUCUCUGGAACAUCAGGAGGAGAUCGAGAGACUGAAGAGAGAACACACACUUCAGAUAGAGGAGAAGCAGUGUGAGACGGAGGGAGUGAAGCAGCAGCUGGUGGAGAUGGAGAAACAGAAGGACGGACACAACACCACCAUCGAGAAACUCAAACAGGUACUUCUACUACAACUUAUGUACAAGUACUACAACCACUACUACUGCUGCAGCUGCUCCUCCU